ACGUCACUUCCUCCCAAAACAAGCGGAGCAGUCUGGAAAGAGGUAGAAUAGUUGUCAUUUAUUAUAAAACAUCUGACAACAAACUAAUUUCCUGUGUCUGUUGAGAAGAAAUGUGACCCAGCUUGAGAGUCCAUUGUGCAGCUGAAAGAGAGAAGAUAAUGUCAUAAAGUAAAGGCACUUUCAGGCAGAAUGUCCUCAGGCCACCGGCUGAGGGAUGUGGAGCAGCAGCGCCCCCUGCUGGAUGAGGAGGAUGAGGAGGAGGCGGCGAUGGCGAGGAAUUACCGCAGCGAGGCUAAACAGCUGUGGUUCAUCCAGGACGGCUGUGGCAUGGUGUGCGCCUUCAUCACCUGGUUCCUGGUCUUCUUCGCUGACUUCGUGGUCACAUUCGUCAUGCUGCUGCCCUCCAGGAGCUUCUGGUACGCCGUGGUCAACGGGGUGGUCUUCAACAGCCUGGCCGUGCUGGCGCUGGCCUCCCACCUCCGCACCAUGCUGACCGACCCGGGAGCCGUUCCUAAAGGAAACGCCACUAAGAAAUACAUGGAGAGUCUGCAGCUGAAGCCGGGCGAGGUCGUCUACAAAUGUCCAAAAUGCUGCAGCAUCAAACCUGAGAGGGCACAUCACUGCAGUAUCUGCAAGCGCUGCAUCCGCAAGAUGGACCACCACUGUCCCUGGGUGAAUAACUGCGUCGGGGAGAAGAACCAGCGCUUCUUUGUCCUCUUCACUAUGUACAUCGCUAUGAUCUCCAGUCACGCUCUGGCUCUCUGUGGAUACCAGUUCAUCACCUGCAUCAGAGUCCAGUGGAGAGAGUGCAGCGAUUUCUCUCCUCCGGUGACGAUGAUGCUGAUGAUCUUCCUCUGCAUGGAAGGCCUCCUCUUCUUCACCUUCACAGCCGUUAUGUUCAGUACGCAGCUCCACUCCAUCUGCAACGACGAGACGGAGAUCGAGCGUCUGAAGAACGAGAAGCCGACGUGGGAGCGUCAGACUCGCUGGGCCGGGUUGAGGUCGGUGUUCGGAGGUCAGCCGUCGCUGCUGUGGAUCAACCCCUUCGCUGGACUCAGACUAUCAACGCUUCUCCCCAAACGCGUCCGAAGAGGCGGAGCAGAGUUCUCCGUCUGACGAGCUGUCGUUUGACGGCGCGGAUUUCUCCCGGUGAAUCGAGACAAACUACGUUGGCGGAGUUUCACGGCAUGAGAGUCGAGCUCCUCCGCAGUCUCUCCUCACACGGAGACUGUUCCUGUGCCGAGGAACACGGUUCACACUCUGCUGCAGUUCCCCUGAGCAACAACACCUGACCUCUGACCUUUUAGUUGGUGGAGCAUCAUCCCCGCUGGGAGCUAUAAAAGAUCUCUAAACCCAGUCAGACUGACUGGAGGCUGCUGGAUGUGAGAAGUUUUUCUUCUACGUUAAUCAUUCAAAUUUUCUCUGAGUCAGAAUAUUUUUUAAAUUUGCUCGUUAAGAUGCUGGAUCCUCUUAGAGCUUUUCUCGACUAUAGAAAUUCUUUUCUGACUAAAAACCAUAGAUCUUGUUUUGUCAAACUGUUGGGAAUCAUUCCUCCUAAAGAAUGUGUAUCUGUGUGUGUAAAGUUGAUGUGCAUCAACAUAAAGCUGAGAGGUCACAAUGAAAUGAAAUAUUAUACAAAUAUGAUCACUUUCUGUUGAUUUUAAAAGCCAGAAUAUGAAUCUAUUUAAGAAAUCAAGCUUUAAAUUACACACCAGCAGAACACCCUUGUUUCUCCUUCUUUACAAACUGAGAUUUUUUUCCUUUAAAUCAAACUUUUCCUCUCAUCUUAAAAAUCACAUCUGGUUUUUUCACUCUGGAUUUUGUUUCCGUUAGAAAUACGACACAGCAGGCCUCGUUCAGCAACCUUCUCCUCAUCUCCUCGUUUUCCUCUCCGACUUUUUCUGUGAGUUUCGCUCGUUACGAAUGUUUCACGUCGGGUUCUCUUGACUGGACAAAUUUUUUGUAAAUUGCUUGUUUCGAAAUGAUGGAUGCCACCUGUGCUUUUGGAGAUUUGAUCAACGCCUUCAAAUGUGCGAGUAGUGAGAUUUUAAAAAGAAGUUAACCCCCAGCUGUGAAGUGGACAUUAGCAGACAAAAACAAUGUAAAAGUUAUCACGUCAAAAUAAAUACAAACGCUUUAAGAGUGAGAGAAACUAAUUAAAAAAAAAAAAAUCCUGUUGUUGAACCUCUCAGUAAAUUGGCAACCAUGAUGCACAUCAAAAUUCAUAUUAUUAUUAUUAUUAUUUAAUACAUUGUGAACAUUUUAUGCCUUUAGAGAUGACAGGAAACACAUGACAGAUGAUAAUCGAGUGUCAUGUGUCUAAAACCAAAUGUAUUCAGAUUAAGAUCAGAUAAUUGUGAUUCUUAAGUCAAACAAGUAUUUCCCCCCCCAUGAAGAAUGUCAAACUGUCUGCACAUAACUCGCACGUCGGAUUCACUCAUAAAUGUUGUUUGUGCCUAAGAGAAAAUUCUAUAUAUGAGAAAAUGACUGACAAAUUAUUUCAUAUUCCGCUUAAAGCUACAAUAUGCAAGUUGUGGAAAUCAAAAAUGCCAUUUCACGGUGAUGUUUUAGGUUCUGAAACUGUAAACUUGUCUGUUAAGUGUAUAAAGAGAGACUGAAUUCAGUAUUGAGCCUCACUGAGAGAAAAGGAAAUAGUUUGUGAUACGUAUGUUUUUCUGUUUCGAACCACUCUGACCCUCAGGACCGGACAGUUUUCCUUCAACACUUCUCAACAAGAUGAAGCACACAGCAAAGUGUUUGUCUCUCUGGUGAUUUCAUGCUGCUUCCUCCUCCUGCUCAGAGGAGUUUUCUUACCCAGCAUCACUGUAUUAUCCUUCACAAACUUACUGAAGUGUUGUUCUGUAUUUAUCUCUUCUUCUUUUUUUGCACAUCCUGAAAAAAGUCUCAACUUAUAGUAUGUGACACAGGCCCUAAAACAAUCUGUCAUAGUCUUUAAAAGUGUUCUGUUGUCUCUGUGCCGAGAGGUUUUUCAGGAUCAUGUUGGUUAUCAUUCCCAAAAUUGGUCAAAAGAUCUUGAACUUAACCUGAUGUGACAUGGAAACACCUGGAAAAAGGUUUUGAAAAAAACUGAUUUAACAAAGCAGUGAUUGUACAUUUUGUUUUAUGAGAUUCCAGAUUCUUUUUUUUUUAUAUAUGUUGAUCUGUUUCCACUUUUCAGACAUUUAUUAAACCAAGUUCAUCUCUACCUCUUUAAA